AUGCAGCGCGGCUACCGAACGGCAUUCAUGCAUUUGACCGACCCCGUUCAUGAGGAGAUGAUGGCUAUACAGAAGUUGGCGGCACUGUCUAUCACAAACCAGGUCGAGCAAGCCGAGGCCAUCUCCCAAGGUAAGCUACGUCUCAACAACAAUGGUGACGGUAUGCUGGAUGCCACACCGCCUGCAACCGAUGUCAUAGCCAUUACACACCGGAACAGCGUUAGCUCGCCUCUACUCCGUCUCCCGGCCGAAGUGCGCAAUAAGAUCUUUGCCUAUGUCAACAGUGGCCUGCAUAUCUUCAUGAGAGCUGGGCACGGCGAAAAGCCCACAAUCUUGAUCAAGAACAGCACUCAAGCUGUCGCACCUCCCAAAUACCCACCAUAUCGUACUCUCCAAUGCACCUGCCGUCAAGUCUACAACGAGACAGCGCUGCUUCCCUUCUCUACCAAUGAGAAAGAGCUACCAGUCAUUGGGAACUUCGAUGUAAGAAGGCUGGAGGGCUUGAAAGCCUUCUCUCGUCUGAAAGAGGUCACUUUCUACUUGAACACGGAGCAUCCAAAUGCUGAGCGUCGGUUCGAAGAUGUGAAGAUGGUUUUGGAGGGCUAUCUAAAGGAGGUGGUAUCUGCGGAUGUGAAGAUUGUGUACGAGCACCGCUACCGAGAGGCAGACUUUGUCCUUUGGCCAGCGUUUGAACGCUGA